AUGGCUACUGAUAUUGGUGGGUCCAUUAGAUUUCCAGCUUAUGCAAAUGGAGUAUACGGAUUCAAGCCAUCUUCAGGGCGAGUACCUUAUUACAACAUUAAAGGCUACUGGCCUCCAGGUGAAGAAUACAAUGGGGUUUUGUGCGUGGCAGGGCCAAUAGCUGUGUCUAUGAGGGAUUGUGAGUUGAUUAUCAAGGCAAUUGCUGAAACUGAACCUUGGAAGUAUGAUCCCACCUGCAUUUAUUCACCGUGGCCCAAACAGAAGACGUUAGCCGCGGAUGACAAAAGACCACUUUCAAUUGGAGUUGUUCGAGGUCCGACAGCCGAACCUAUUACUAGUAUUUUGGCAGAAGCCUGUAAAAAGAUUACAGAUGCUGGACAUGAACUUGUCGAGAUGGAGAUAAUCAACGGCCCUGAAAUGCUUGACCUGACCACUAAAAUCUUCCAAGUAGAUGGAGGGAAGUUCCUUGUAGAUCUAUGUUCGACCACGAACGAACCAUUGACAAAGACGGUCAUAGACAAUGGCUUGUAUCCAUGUGAACCAGCAGAUUUGAGCCAAUUCUUUGCAUACUCACAUAGGAGGAUAGAACUUCAGAAGGCAUGGGCAGAGUAUUGGGAACAGAGUGCUGGAACUACAGCAAGUGGUAAGCCAGUCGAUAUUCUACUGAUGCCAAUUUCGCCAUUUGUGCCUAGAGUCCGAGAGUUUCUAUCUAGUCCAUUUAUCAAUGUGUGGAACUUGUUAGACUAUCCAGCUCUGACCUUCACUGCCGAUAAAAUAAACUUGUCAAAACACAAAGUUGAAAUUCCACCUCCAAGCAACAUUGGCGAAACAAAUUCGGAGCAAUACUGUAAGUAUGAUUCAUCUUCCAACAAAAAAGAAAUCUCACAUUGA